AUGACACAACAAAGCAAAACCAUUGCCGUCGUGAAUGCGACGGGCCGUCAGGCUGCCUCCCUUAUCCGCGUCGCUUCUGCCGUCGGUCACAAUGUACGAGCUCAGAUCCAUUCCCUCAAGGGGAUCAUAGCGGAGGAGCUGCAGGGACUCCCUAAUGUCACACUCUUCCAAGGAUCGCUGCUCAAUAAUACCGCGUUGAUGGACACCCUGUUUCAAGGCGCGAACCUCGCGUUCAUCAACACAACAUCACAAAUGGGAGACGAGGUCGCGAUUGGAAAAGCACUGGCGGACGCUGCGAAACGAGCAGGGACCAUUCAACACUACAUUUACAGCAGUAUGCCAGAUCAUUCCGUUCAUGGCCCGUGGCCUCCCGUACCGUUGUGGGCUCCCAAGUUCACCGUCGAGAACUACAUCCGACAGCUCGGAUUGCCUGCGACCUUUGUGUAUGCAGGAAUUUACAACAACAACUUCACAAGUCUACCCUACCCUCUUUUUCAGAUGGAGCUCAUGCCGGACGGGAGCUUUGAAUGGCAUGCGCCGUUCGACCCGGACACUCCAUUGCCUUGGUUAGACGCCGAACACGACGUGGGGCCCGCGCUGCUUCAGAUUUUCAAGGACGGGCCCAAGAAGUGGCACGGUCAUCGGAUCGCCCUUACAUUCGAGACCCUAUCCCCCAACCAGGUGUGCGCAGCUUUCUCGCGCGCCUUGAAUCGUCCUUGUCGUUACGUGCAUGUCCCCAAGGUUGAAGUCAAAGUCAAUAUUCCCGCCGGAUACAGGGAACAGCUCGAAGCCAUCGAAGUGGUCUUUGGGCAGUAUAACGCGCCCUACUUUCCUCAACCCGAGUUCUCCCGUCCUGCAGCCGGUUCACCCAAGGGGCUGGGCCUGCCAAUGGCUCGGCAGCUGUGGGAGGGCUGGAGAGACAUGGAGGAAUAUGCGCGAGAAGUGUUCCCGGUAGAAGAGGAAGCCAACGGGCUGGACUGGAUGUUGUGA